AUGGACAUGCUAGAGGACCUUGAGACACUGCAGUUUGAGUAUGGGAUUCAAGAGGAAGACCACAGCUGGCUGUAUUUGCUGGGCCGUUCUCAUGGGCUGAUGACCAAGGCCUGUGCCCAUGCAACCUUCUUCUGCAAGCUACUCCAUAAUUUGAGAAAAUCAUUACAGGAGAAGCAAACUUCUAGAUGUCGCUUGGCUGGAUUGCGUGAAGACACUCCUGAUGACGAUGCGUUAAAGGUGGGCAUCAUUGGAGGCGGCCACCUCGGGAAGCAGCUGGCUCAUACACUGCUUCAGCUUGUCCCCAUCCCAGCUGACAGCCUGAGGAUCUCCACUCGGAGGCCAGAGGCCCUGGAUGAAUUCACGAAACUGGGGAUCCAGUGCUUUUACCAUAACUCUUCUCUGGUGGAGUGGGCCAACGUGAUAUUCCUCUGCUGCCUGCCAUCUCAGCUGUCUAAUAUCUGUGCAGAAAUUCAAACCAGCCUUGGAAAAGCCUGCAUCGUGUACAGCUUUGUGGCUGCUGUCCCACUACCCAGGUUGAAACUCCUACUGAGCCACACCAAUGUCUUGCGGCCUCAGUAUCAGUGUGUUGAAGAUCUUGCCAGCAUCUGGGGGGCCAAUAAGGAAAUCACAGCUGCUCUCCAAGACCCUGUGAUUCUUCAGGCUACCUGUCCCUACAGUCCUGCUGGGGGAAUAAUCCUCAAUAUCAAAUGGUUGGAGGGAGUGUUCUAUGCAGCCAUAAAUGUCUGCACAGAAAAGGACAUGCCCCACUCACAAGUGCUGCAGCUUCUGAACGAACUGUUCCUCGCCAAGCACUUUGAAGGCUGUGAGAAAGAUAGAGUGUCUUUCCAAAAAUUUCAAGCACAAGAUUUUGUCAGCAAAGCCUAUGCCAAGAACCUGUCUCGGAAAAGGCCUUUCCCCUGGUUUGAUCUGACUGCUGUGCAACUCAAGGAAACUCCCUUUAGCCAGUAUCUCUCACACAGCACUACUUUUCAGGACAACCUUACCCACCUAUACUGUGAUUCAUUUGGUAUCACCCUAACCAAAGAACAAAAGCCAGAGGUUUCCACAGGUUUUUCAUCCCAAUAAGAGAAGAGACCUCAGGAAUCAGGAUGUUUUUCUCCCUCUACAGUGGUAAUGCCCUGAUUAUCAUAAUUGACAGUGGAAGUCAUGUGACUGUAUGGUGUUUGCCAUAUGUUAGGCAGUAAGGAAUUAGAAAAUUGUACUGAUGGCUCUUUAA